AGAGCUGCUGCAAGUGUCUUUCUAUCCUUUCUUGCCGAGCCGACUCCCCCUACCUCCUCCUCCGCUUGCAGAAUUGUAUAAAGAACAAAAAUCGGGCUGGGAGGGGGGUUGAUACGCCGAAGCUGAAAUCGAGAGGCGAACCCAGGAAAGAGGAGUAUUUUGUACACGGGACUUUCCCCCCCUUCGUCCCUAAAAAGGAGGGGGAAAAGUCAUAUUUUUAAAAGCGUUAUUUUUAAAACCGAGGAUUACAAAUAGGCUUAGGCGCCUAUCUCUGGGAAAAUAUAUUUUAAUUCGUUCAAAAAUAUGGCCGAGAACGUCCUGGACUCUGGCCCGCCUUCAGCCAAGAGGCCUAAACUAUCCUCACCGGCGCUCUCAGCUUCAGCCAGCGAUGGAAACGACUUCGGCUCGCUGUUUGACUUGGAGCAAGACCUCCCUGAUGAGCUUAUUAGUACGGCGGACUUGAAUGGAGGAGACCUCAGUCAGCUUCACACCAGUUUGGGUGGUGGGGGCGGGGCCGUUGGAGGAGUCAUGCCCAGCGGCCAGGAUGCAGCGGCCAAGCACCAGCAGCUCUCAGAACUCCUCCGGCAUGUAUCCACACCUGGAGCGCAGCAGCAGGGAGCAAUGGGCAGCCCAGCGGGAACCUCAAUUUUUGGAAACGUGAAGGGUUCUCCAGGUCCCCAGGGCAUGGGUACACAAGGGCAGCAACAUCUUUCCCCUCAACAGGCCACACUUAUGCAGCAGCAGAUGGCAGGGAUGGUGGGCAAUAUGAACAGAAAUAUGCUCGGACCUCAGAAAGGAAAUGGACAGCAACAGGCGGGAGGGCCCUCUCCCCAGCAGCAAAGCAUGCAGAUAAUGAACGGUUCGCCCAGAAUGGGACAACAUAAUCCGGGCAUGGGCGGCAACGGUAACCUGUUAGCAGAGGCUCUUCAGCAGCACCAGACCACGGGUGGUCAGGGUGGACUGAGGGCUCAGCAGCCCGGAGCGAUGAACAAGAUGGGGAUGAAUACAGGUUCAGGCCCCUAUGGAGGCCCAUACGGUCAGCCUGCCAGUCAGGGUCUUGGUGUUGCAGGGCUGGCCCCUCAGCUCCAGAACAAACCAGGUCUGCCCAACAGUUCGGCUCAGUUUAACCUUGAAAAGAAACCUCAGCCUAUGCAAGGCAAACCUGGCAUGGCAUCUCAGCCUUCCCCUGCAGGAUCUGCUGGAGUCGCAGGAGCAUCCGGCAUGCUGCCCAACACCCAAGGAACUCUCGGGCCUGGAGCAGCUGCCUCAGCGGUGACCACGGGAGCAGUGGGUGGUGUGCCUCCCGCAGCCGACCCAGAAAAACGCAAACUCAUACAGCAGCAGCUGGUGCUUCUACUCCACGCCCACAAGUGCCAGCGACGAGAGCAAGCCAACGGGGAGGUACGGCAGUGCAACCUGCCCCACUGUCGUACCAUGAAGAACGUCCUCAACCACAUGACGCACUGCCAGGCUGGCAAGUCUUGUCAAGUUGCACACUGUGCCUCAUCCAGACAGAUAAUCUCUCACUGGAAGAACUGUACGCGGCACGACUGUCCUGUGUGUUUGCCUUUGAAGAAUGCAGGUGACAAGAGGAAUCAGCAGAGUCUCUUGAGCUCUGCAGGUGUAGGAUUAAGUAAUGCUUUGGGUAACGUGACCGGUGGCCCACCCAGUGCCCCCAAUCUCAACACUCCUGGGCAGAUUGACCCCAGCUCCAUUGAGCGAGCUUACGCAGCUCUGGGACUCACAUACCAGGGAAACCAGGCCCCCACCCAGGCUGUUCCGCAAUCAUCACGGACACUGAACACCAUGGGAUCGAAUCCCAUUGGAGUAAAUGGGGCAGCGGUCAGUCCAUCUCAGAUUCAGCAGUCAAGCCUCCUGCAGGACGCAAUGUUACAUCUGAGCUCUCAGAGUUUGAUGAAUGACAAUCCUUUGGGGUCUAUGCCUGUGGCCAACCCACCUGCCAGUGUUGGCAUGAGGAAGAGCUGGCACGAGGACAUCACCCAGGAUCUGCGCAACCACCUGGUGCACAAACUAGUCCAGGCCAUUUUUCCAACUCCAGACCCAGCUGCACUGAAGGACCGGCGCAUGGAGAAUCUAGUUGCCUACGCACGUAAAGUUGAGGGGGAUAUGUAUGAGUCUGCUAACAGCAGGGCGGAGUAUUACCACCUGCUUGCUGAGAAGAUCUACAAGAUCCAAAAGGAGCUUGAAGAGAAACGAAGGACACGGUUACAGAAGCAGGGCAUAAUGCCCACACAGCCUGGAAUGUCUCCCACUGGCCUGCAGCAAGGUCCUGCUGGGAUGGGUCAGCCAGGGGCACCCACAGGACUGCCACCUAAUGGUCCUCUCUCAGAUCCUUCCAUGGUGAGGCCUACAGGAUCAAACCAAAUGAUGAACAGGAUGCAGAAUGCUGCUGGGAUGAAUCCAUUCAACCAUAUGGGUAUGCAAAACAUGAGCCAGAGAUCUACACCACCUCUUCAACUUAGUACACCUCUUAACCAGGUGAACAUGGGCACUGGGAGGAUGCCACAGCCGAAUGUUACACAGAUGCAGAAUCAGUACAUGCCUACUGGACAGUUCCCAGGUUCCAGUCCUGUUCGCGGUCCUGGAUCUGUUGAGAUGGCACACCAGGGAAAUGAUAGUGGCAUUACUCAACAGGGGCAAAUGUCUACCAUGUCAUCUCUGCCUGCUGGCAGUCCUUUAGCCCAGACUGGGUCUGCUGGAGUGGCCGGCAGUGGAGCCUCGGUGUGUUCUCUGGGUCAGAACAGCAUGGGUGGGGUCCAUGCUCCAUCCACACCAUCGCAGUCCAUCAGCCACCCGCACUGCACACCCGUCCGGCAGAAUUCUCCGUCCCCGGCACGGAGCCGCACACCCACGCCCCACCUCACGCCGCCUUCAGGCAUGCCAGGCUCCCUGACGCCCCAGCCACACACCCCCGGCGUACCCCAGUUAGCCACGACCGGCAGUCAGCAGGAGUCACAUUCGUCCACCGGUUCUGACAAUGCCAUGCAGCUUCAGCAGCACUCAUUGGGAGGAACUCCAACCACGGUGUCUCAGAGUGGCCGCUCGACACCAAACUCUGGCCAGCAUCCUCGCACUCCAUUGUCUCAUAAAGGUUCUUUAGCAUUAGAUGGCAAGGCUGCGACCCCUGCCUCUGUCAGCAGUACAGAUGCUUCAUUCCAGCAGGGUCCCAGUGACACCACAGCCAGCCAGGAGCCCAAACAUAAAGAAGAGGAAGAUGAUGAUGAUGAUGACAUGAUGGGAGGGAAAAUGUUAAAGCAGGAAGACAUUAAAACAGAGAAAAAGUUUGAGAUAAAGAAAGAAGAGCCAUUGAGUGAUAAUUGUAAAAGUAUGCCAAUGGAGACAUCAUCUGCUCCGGCCGGAGAAGAUAAAAAGCCAGAGCUGAAAAUUGAGCCGAAAAAAGAGGAGGAGGGUUCAGGGCCAGCGGUUACCCCCAGCUCGGUGUCUGGAGUCAACAAAAAGAAAAUUUUUAAACCAGAGGAGCUGAGACAGGCCCUGAUGCCAACACUGGAGUCUCUUUACCGCCAGGACCCUGAAUCUCUGCCCUUCCGUCAACCUGUUGAUCCUUCACUGCUGGGAAUUCCAGACUAUUUUGACAUAGUCAAGAAUCCAAUGGACUUGUCAACGAUCAAACGGAAGCUCGACACAGGCCAGUAUCAGGAGCCGUGGCAGUAUGUGGACGACAUCUGGCAAAUGUUCAACAACGCCUGGCUCUAUAACCGCAAAACGUCACGAGUCUACAAGUACUGCUCCAAGCUGGCUGAAGUUUUUGAGCAGGAGAUCGAUCCAGUCAUGCAAAGCCUCGGCUACUGCUGUGGGAGGAAGCUUGAGUUUUCUCCUCAAACUCUGUGUUGCUAUGGAAAGCAGCUGUGCACUAUACCACGAGAUGCUGCUUACUUUAGUUAUCAGAACAGGUACCACUUCUGUGAGAAGUGUUUCAACGAGAUCCAGGGUGAUAGUGUGUCCUUGGGAGAUGACCCAUCUCAACCCCAAACAUCAAUCAACAAGGGGCAGUUUGAGAAGAAGAAAAAUGACUCGCUUGACCCUGAACUACUUGUGGAAUGUAUGGAUUGCGGCCGUAAGAUGCAUCAAAUCUGUGUUUUGCACAAUGAAACCAUCUGGCCAUUAGGAUUUGUAUGUGAUGGCUGUCUAAAGAUGUCCAACAAAAACAGAAAAGAGAACAAAUAUGCUGCUAAAAGGCUUCCACAGACCAAACUAGGCAACUAUUUGGAAGGACGAGUUAAUGACUAUCUAAAGCAACAUUAUCACCCAGAGUCUGGUGAGGUCACUGUUCGUGUUGUUCAUGUCUCAGACAAAGUGGUGGAAGUCAAACCAGGAAUGAAGUCCAGGUUUGUGGACAGUGGAGAGAUGUCAGAGUCUUUUCCAUACAGAUCUAAAGCUUUAUUUGCGUUUGAGGAUAUUGACGGUGCUGAAGUCUGUUUCUUUGGGAUGCACGUGCAAGAGUAUGGGUCAGACUGUCCACCCCCUAAUCAAAGGCGGGUUUACAUAUCCUACCUGGACAGUGUGCACUUUUUUCAGCCACGCUGUCUGAGAACAGGAGUAUACCAUGAGAUUCUUAUAGGGUACCUGGAGUAUGCCAAAAAACUAGGGUUUACCACAGGACACAUCUGGGCCUGUCCUCCUAGUGAAGGAGAUGACUACAUCUUCCAUUGUCACCCUGCAGACCAGAGGAUACCCAAGCCCAAGCGUCUCCAGGAGUGGUAUAAGAAGAUGCUGGAUAUAGCUGUAGCAGACCGCGUGGUGCACGACUACAAGGACAUUUUUAAACAAGCAACCGAGGAUCGUCUUACCAGCGCCAAAGAACUGCCUUAUUUUGAGGGUGAUUUUUGGCCCAACGUGCUUGAGGAGAGUAUCAAAGAACUGGAGCAGGAGGAGGAAGAAAGGAAGAGGGAGGAGAACAGCACGUCCAACGAGAGUGUUGAUACGACAAAAGGUGACAGCAAAAAUGCCAAGAAAAAGAA